GUUGUAGCGGCAUAAACAGGCAAAAACUGAGUUUGGUCCUUGUAGCUGCUACUACCAUGUCAUCCUCUGCAAGAACUGCUGCUUCAAAAUGCAAGUUACCACCUUUAUCCACGAACCCAGAAAGACCCACAUCUUCAAAUUCCCACAGCUCAACCAAGCUUUCAUCUUUCUUCACAAACCAAGCUAGUAGUAAUACCGCUAUACCCACUUCUUCAAAUCCCAAAACUUCACCAAAAAACCCAUUUCCUAGAGCUCCAAUCCAAACCCCACUUGAGAAGUUCCUCCAAGCAAACUGUAAGUCAGGUAACAUCACUCUCAGUGAAGCACUUGACUAUUUUGACCACAUGAUUCAUAUGCGACCUCCUCCUCCAAUGUCAUCAUUCAAUCGUUUAUUAGGUGGACUUGUCAAGAGUAAGCAUUACUCUCAUGUUUUCUCAUUUUGUAAUAAGUUGACAGCUUCUGGGUUAUUGCCCAAUUUGAUUACACUUAAUAUUUUGGUUAACUGCCUUUGUAAUAUGAACCGUGUUUGUGAUGGUUUUGUGGUCAUGGGAAGUAUGAUUAGGAAGGGUUAUAGACCAACUACUGUGACUUUUACAUCUUUGGUUAAAGGGCUGUGUAUGGAGAAUAGGAUUGAUGAGGCAAACAAGUUGUUUGAGAAAAUGAUCAAGUUCAGGUGUCAGCCUAGUGUGAUUUGUUAUGGUACUUUGAUUAAUGGGUUGUGCCGAACCGGCAAGACAGAUGUUGCACUUAAGUUACAUGAAGAAAUGAAUAGUGGGAAUGGUGUUAGGUUUAGGCCGAAUACUGUGACUUUUACAUCUUUGAUCCAGGGUUUGUGUGUGGAGGAUAGGAUAGAUGAGGCAACCAGUUUGUUUGAGAAAAUGAAGAAGUUGCGGUGUCAUCCUAGCGUGAUUACAUAUGGUACUUUGAUUAAUGGGUUCUGCAGAACAGGCAAGACAGAUGUUGCACUUAGUUUACAUGAAGAAAUGGCUAAUGAGAAUGGUGGAUAUGGUGUUGAUUGUAAGCCGAAUUCAGUUACUUACGGGAUUAUUAUUGAUCGGUUUUGUAAAGAUGGGAUGAUAGAUAAGGCAACAGAGCUUUUUCUAGAAAUGAAAAAUAGAGGGAUUUUUCCAGAUGUGGUUGUAUAUAGUAUUCUAAUACAUGGUUUGUACUAUAAUGAAAAAUGGGAAGCCGGUAAAGCUUUGUUACAUGAGAUGAUAGAUAGCGGUAUCCAGCCUGAUUUGGUAACAUUCAAUGUGUUAAUAGGGGCACUUUGCAGAAGGGGAAAUGUGAAAGAUAGCCGUGACUUGCUAAAGUUGAUGAUUCGAAGAGGCAUGAAUCCCAAUAUUUUUACUUACAAUACUUUGAUGGAUGGCUUAUGUUUGGUGGGUAAUCUUGAUGAAGCAAGAGAGCUAUUUCAUUCUAUCUCAACUAGGGGGUGUGAACCUGGUGCAAUCAGCUACUCUGUGUUAAUCAACGGUUACUGCAAGUAUAGGAAGAUACAGGAAGCCAUCAAUCUUUAUGAGGAAAUGAUUUUCAAAGGAGUUAAGCCAACAGUAAUAACAUAUAAUGCCUUAUUAACUGGUAUUUUUCAGAUGGGCAAAGUUCAGGAUGCACAGAAACUGUUUCAUGAGAUGCACACUCAGAAUGUGCUACCGGAUUCAGCUACAUAUUUAAUAUUAUUGGAUGGCCUUUGCAAACAUGAUUGCAAACCAGAAGCAAUGGAUAUUUUUCAUUCUUUAGAAAAUUCCAAUUUUAGAUUUAGUGUUGAAAUUUUUAAUUGUCUUAUGGAUGGGUUCUGUAAAUCAGGGAAGCUUGAAAUUGCUUGGGACCUAUUUCACAAAAUGUCAAGUAAAGGCUUGCUACCAAAUGUUAUAACAUACUCCAUAAUGAUUCAUGGCCUCUGUAUGGAAGGCCAACUGGAAAAGGCAAAUGGUUUGCUCUUAGAAAUGGAAGGAAAAGGUUGUCUUCCAAAUGUCAUCACUUACAAUACCCUUAUGCGGGGUUUCUGCCUAAAUGAUGACUCGACAAAGGUUGUUGAACUACUGCAUAAGAUGUCAGAAAGAAAUCUGUCACCAGAUGACUCUACAAUCUCCAUUGUCGUAGACUUGCUGUCAAAGGAUGAAAGGAUACGUAAAUGUCUGGACUUGCUACCCACAUUUCCUGCUACCAGCCAAUUGAGGAUGCCAUGAUAAGUUUCAAGUCACUAGCACGAUGUUCGGUCAUUCCUCCUAACCUGAAAUACUUCUGAUUCUGUUUGCUCACACAUUUUAACAGAAGUUACGAAAUGUGAAGGUGCAUUGCCGUGGUCUUAAGGGCCAAUAUAUUGUAUUCAAAGUAAAAACUUGAAUAGUGGGGAUUUGUCAGGGCAGAGGAGAUCAUGGAUAGUACUUGCAUUCACUAGCGGCUGCAGUCCGUGUUUGACCCCCCUGAAUCAACGUUGCAAAGAAACAAGAUCUGGUGCAAUGUACUUACUGAUGUGUCUGGCUCUCAUCACAUGGUGCUUCAUGGAAGAGAGGCUCACCUGAAAAGGUUAAUGUUCUGUGGAAUUUCUCCUCAAUAUUACUCUUUUGUCGAUUCCGCAUAGUAACCAUUCAAUGUCCUGUUUCACUUCCUGUUGUAAAACAGGUAUUACUAGACUGAAUUUUUUUUUUCCGUGAAAGAUAUUUAGCAGUUAAUCAUUAUUUAAUGUUGUCAAAUUCUCCACUGCAAGGCCCCCUUCAGCCUUUGUUUAAUUUAUUUACUUGACAAGCAUAAAUUAUUUCCCAGCUGAUGUGCAGGUUAGUGAAUUUGAGAGUCUGGCCAGCAUGGGUAAAAUCUGGAGUAUAUGAAUGUGGGUAUAUACAGCUGGGUGCUUAUGCACUUAUAGAAUACUUAGUAUUUACAGUUGCCACAUUUAAUAUACCUAGGUGCUUUCCUUCAUUUCGGUUGGACUAAUUGAUAAUGGGGUUUUAAUUUUCUUUGAUUCUUUUCCUUUCUAGACGAUCAUGCACUGCGGCAGUGACUAUUGUGCAUCUCUUUCCCACCAGAGGACUCUACAGUCUCCCUUGUCAUUGAGUAGGUCUUAAAGGAUGAUAAAUCUUGUACAUGUUUGGACUUGCCGCCAACAGUUCCUGCCACUAGCCAAUUGAAGGAUGCCAUGACAAGUUUCAAGUCGCUAGCAUAAUAUUCAGUCAUUCGAACUGCAGAUACAAAAUGUGAAAGGGCAUUGCCAUGGUUUCAAUGGCUAAUAGUUAUUGUAUUCAAAGCAAGAAACUAUUGUGGUGGAGUGACUGGGCUCUGUGUGAAGAUGAGAUCACUGUAUGCUCAUGGAUUGAACUUACAUUCAAGUAGCAGCUGCCAGCUACAGUCCGUGUGACUCCUCUGAAUCAAGUUUGCAAAGAAACAAGAUCUAGUGCAGCGUAUUUGCAGAUAUCUUGUUUUCGCAUAGCCAUGGUGUUACAUAGAAGAGAGGCUCACCUCAAAAAGUUGAUGAGUGAACAUGAGCUGUGGGUCUUCUCAAGCCUUUUGUUGGAUUCCUUUUUCAUGAUGGGCACAAAUAUUUCUCAACUGAUGUGCAGGCUGGCAAAUUUGAGUCUGGGCAGCUUGGGAAAACUGUAUAGUGUAUACCUAUGAAUACGUGUGAAUGUUAUCAUGUCCAUAUGUACUUACAGAAUAAUACUAGUAUUUGCUGUUAUCAUAUUUAAGAUACUUAGUUGCUUUGCAGUAAGCAGAACCGGUAAUAGCGCCUCUUGUCAAAUUCUCUAUGAGUUCCUUGGUCUUUGAUUUCUAUGAUAAUCGAAAGUAAUAGAUCACUCUUGA